GUUUAAUUACCAGAGCAUAUCAGCAGAACUUUAUCUCGCCCUGAGCGCCUGUUCAAAGGUUUGUUUGAUAUGUCAGAGCCAACAUGGCGUCGCCUUGUGUCCAGUUUCACAGAGUCCGCUACGGAACUCGCUGCAGAUCAGACCACUGCUGACUGACAGCGCGCACUAUCAUGGCGGAGGCAGGACAGGCGGAAUCAGAGCAGGACAUCGAGAUCAAGAUCCAAGAAAUACGGCAGAGGUUUAAAAGCGAGUAUGUUGAAGCACAAGAGAGUCAGGAGAAGUACGACAGCAGAGACGUGGAGAAGCUGUUUCGUGAUGAUGCUCUGGUGGAGGGAUACCUGACCUGGAGACACUUCAUAGUGGAGGACACCUUAAAGAUGAUCGACGAGAGUCUGCAGUGGAGGAGAGAGUUCAGUGUCAACGAUCUGACGGAGAGCAGCAUUCCCCGAUGGAUGUUUGAGAUUGGCGCCGUUUACCUGCACGGAUACGACAAGGAAGGAAACAAACUCUUUUGGUUUAAAGUGAAGCUUCACAUUAAGGAUCCAAAGACGGUGUUGGAUAAGAAGCGUUACGUGGCCUUCUGGUUGGAGCGCUACGCCAAACGCGAGCCAGGAAUGCCGCUGACCGUCGUGUUCGACAUGUCUGAGUCCGGACUCAGUAACAUAGACAUGGACUUUGUGAAGUAUAUCAUUAGCUGCUUCAAAGUGUACUACCCGAAGUUUCUUUCCAAAAUGAUCAUGUACGAGAUGCCGUGGAUCAUGAAUGCUGCUUGGAAGAUCGUGAAGACCUGGCUCGGCCCUGAUGCCAUCAGUAAACUCAAGUUUGUCUCCAAGAGUGACAUCCAGACGUUUGUGGGCCCUGAACACCUUCCACCAUACAUGGGAGGAACGGACCAGUUCAAGUACAGUUAUCCGCCUCUGCUGGACGAUGACUUCCAGUCUCCGAUCUGUGAAAACGGUCCAAUCAUCAGCGAGGAUGAAAGUGACCUUAAAGAUGCCGAAUCAGAGUCUAAAGAGACUCUGGAGUCCAGUUUUAGUGCCGACCAAUCCAUCAAACCAAAGAAGGUGAAUUUUAUCGAAGACGGUCAGAAGCUGGAGGAUAUUGACAGAGAAUCUGUACGGUUGAAGGGAGCCAGAAAGCCAACUACCACAUUCAAGGCCACAUUAAUGCACAUCAGUCCGGCUGAAGAGCUCAGUUUCGGUGCUGCAGAAUCAGACAAGAAGUGUUUGAUCGUCCUCAACAAUGUCACCAAAAACCCCGUGGCCUUCAAGGUCCGAACGACGGCUCCAGAAAAGUACCGUGUGAAGCCCAGUAACAGCAGCUGUGAGCCUGGAGCCAGUGUGGACAUCGUGGUUUCACUUCACGGAGGCUUCCAGGCGUCUCCGCAGGACCGAUUUCUGGUGAUGGCAGCAGAGAUGGAGAGCAGCAGUGGAGCCACUGUCACUGAUCUGGCUCAGUUCUGGAAGGAGGUUUCAAAACCCAAAAUCAUGGAGCACAGGCUCCGCUGUCACGUUCUGGAGAGUCCAAAGUCUAUUCUGAGUAAUUCAUUUGAGUUUUCAUCUAGUGCUACAACAAACACCAAUGAGCAUCCGGAUCUGCAGAGCACGUUGAUGCGAGUUCUGGCCACCAACGCUGCACUGGAGCAGAAGCUGGACUGGUGCUUGUGGACGCAGAAAGUCCUUCUGCUUCUGCUGUCGUUUCUGCUGGCGCUCAGCUUUACCACCGCAUACACACUCUGGACUUUAUGAAGACUUUACUGUACGCUUUUACACACUCACACAGAUGAUGGAAACACAGGGAUGUUAUCAUUGCAUCACGCCAGACCAAACCCAUUAAGAGACACUGUAAAUAAUGCUUCAGUGUGUGUUUUUGUCUUGAUUUUAGUCCAAAUAUCUUAAAAUCAAGAAGCAUUUUCUGGACUAGUGAAAUAUAUUUGCUAACACUUUAGAAGAAUUGGCCAAUAUUUAAUGUAUUUACCAACAUUAGGUAUGAAAUAUCUUACUAAGCAUUUAUUAAUCAUAAUUGAACAUUUACUAAUGCAUUAUUCACAUCUGAAGCUUGUUAACAUUAGUUAAUGCACCGUGAGUUAACAUCAGCUAACCUUAUUUAACUUAACAUUAGCUAGUGUUAACAAAUGUAAAUAAAUACUGCAUUAAAUGCAUUACCACACUGUUAAAAGUGAAAACUCAUUACUCCAGCUACUUGGGUUAGUUUCUGCUUCAUUUAUUACAGUUUUUAGUAAUAAAUAAGUUGGGGAAACUUCAUUCUUUUAGGUGUGAGAAGUUGUUGAAGUCAUUUAAGCUUUAUUUUCCUCAGUGUAAUAGUUUAUUCAUGUUAAGUAGAUGCUUUAACUACUGCAGCAUUAAUUUAAAGCGUUACUAAACAUCGUUUUUAGAAAUAAUGAGUCAAAAUGAAGUGAGUUUUUCAUUAAAACAAGCUAAAUAAUCUGUAAGGGAAAUAAUCGGAUGUCAAACUGAAAAACAAGCUUCAUCUGGCUGAUUGUUUAGCUCGUUUCAGAUAAAAACUCAGUUCAUUUUGACUCAUUAUUUCUUAAAACAAGACUAGAUGUGUUGCUUGUCUAGAAAAUGCUUCUUGAUUUAGGAAUUGUUCGAUAUUUGGACUAGAAACAAGACAAAAACCUCAAGUAAGAAGCGCAUUUAUUGCAGUGUAAACGGUGUAUUUUUAUCAGUCGCUGUCAGAAUAAACCACGGUUUAAUUUAUAAUAUUCACACAUGUAGAGUUCUUAACUAAAUCAUGCCACUGUAAUUAUUCUGCUUUGAUUUUAAUAUAUAUAGUAUUUUAUAAAAGUAUGAAUGUAUGAACCAUUAAAAGACAGUUUUGUUAUA